GCAGCAGCAUUUCAGAAAGGGCAAAUCAGGGUGGAAGAGGCUAAAUUUGCAGGUUUAUUCUGUUGCUAAGGAUCUUUAAAGAGGACCUAUACAUCACUGUGGGAACACGGACGUCUACUCUCUCUCUUAUAGUCUGCAAGAGCUCACCCUGCUGCUGAAAAAUAAAAAAUACAAAACAUUAAAAUUGCUUCAUAGUCUGAGACCAUGAGUGAAGCGAAGAAAGGUGAGCUAGCCAUCCGGGAUAAAGCCAUCCUGCACCAGCAGAGGCGUCUGAAGCAGGCCACUCAGUUCACACACAAGGACUCUGCUGACCUCCUGCCCCUGGAUGGGCUGAAGAGACUGGGAACGUCCAAAGAUUUGCAACCUCACAACAUUGUCCAGCGUCGCCUCCUGGAUGGAAACAUCACACGGCUGAGGGGGGAGGCCCGUGACCCCAGCUCUAGGGUUCGUUCCCCACUUGCCGAUAACAAGGACGGACCAGCCGACACUGAGGAGAGGAGCGAGAGCACAGCUGAUGACUCCACAGAGGAGAGAGAGUCUCUGGAGGAAAGCGAGAGGAGCUUACGGUCGGAUGAGGAGGACGACAGCAGUGAAGCCGGGGCCAGACAGACAGCUGAGAAGACCGAGGGCACGGAGAGCCCGACCCUCCUCACAGCUCUGGUUGUUCAAUGCAAGUGCUGCGAGACUGAAGUCAAGGCUUCCAUCAACACCGGCAGCCAACACAACCACAUCUCCACCUCUUGCUGCCAGAGGCUGGGACUGGUGCCCAGUCAGGACAGUUCACCAUGUGGUGUGACCAGUUCAGUGACGGAUCUGCAGCUGCAGCUGGGCAGACAGACGGUCCAGUGCUCAGCUUAUGUCAAAGAGGAUGAGGCGUUUGAGCUGUGCCUGGGUCUUCAGACUCUGCUGGAACUUAAUUGCUGCUUGGACCUGAGCAGUCGGGUGUUGAAGCUGCAGGGCUGUGACGAGGAGCUGCCCUUCCUGAACCCUACGACCGACAGCCAGUGCCACCACGACACCAACGAGAACCUGUGA